GAGUAAAGUUAACAAACGAGUUUUAAGUACAGUGAAAGAGUUAUUGGCUCAAGUAGAAAAAUGAAUCAACUCUCUAUUUCGUAUCUUCUCAUAAUUGGUGUAACCACCAUGAUCGUACAUGUGUUUUGCGAUGGGCCUUCCCAAUAUAAUGAGGUAUGGCGAUACGAAUGCAAAUGGAUACCAGUUUAUAAUUCAAGCUACUCACGACGAGGCCCUGACUCAAGCAAUCCACGACGAGGUCCUAACUCAAGCUACUCACGACGAGGCCCUGACUCAAGUUAUUCACAACGAGGCCCUGACUCAAGAAAUCCACGACGAGGCCCUAACUCAAGCUACUCGCGAUCGAAUCAACGACCAGUGAUAACUAACGUCUACUGCAAUUUGAAAUAUUGUGAUACCAAUACGACGCACUCUCUCUGCAAAUUCUCUGUUGAUCGAACUUCAACUCAAUGCGGCUCAGUGUAUUCUUACUCCAUGUCUGCUGAUGAAAAAAUUCAAGUUCUAUUGAAGCAUAACGAACUCAGACAAAGAAUUGCGCGUGGCUACGAGUCACAGGGAAAAACCGGGGGUCAACCGGCUGCGAAGAACCUAUACGCAUUGAGGUGGAACGAAGAACUGGAAAAAAGUGCACAAGCUUGGGCUAAUCAAUGCAUUUUCGGACACGACGAAUGUCGCGUGAAGGUACAUGGUUCAUCAGUUGGUCAAAACAUAGGUUUUUCCUCAUUUGACGAUACUUAUCGCACAGUUCUUCCGGAUCUCGUUCAAGACUGGUAUAACGAAGUCCAAUUCUACGACGGUCGAGAAGUCAGAUCUUACAGAUCAAACGGAAGAGCUCUUCAUUACACCCAAUUGGUUUGGGCAGCAACUAAAGAAGUUGGUUGUGGCCUUGUGCGAUUCAAUGAUAAAUUAAAAAGCAAGGGACUGUACAGAACUCAACUCGUCUGCAACUACGCACCUGAGGGCAAUCAGUUCGGACAGCCUGUUUAUCUGACGUAUUAGCGUUCUUAUACGAAAUAAUAGUACAUUAUAACACUAGGACGAAAAAGUUUUUCGUACGCGUGUUAUAAAAAAUAUUAAAUAAAGAAUAUAGAUGAUACAUAGAAAUAUAACGGCCGAAACUGAUGAAAUUACAAAAAAAUGAUAUUUUAAAAAAAUUGAGAGAAAGAAAUUUCGAAUGAACCUUUCAAUGCUUUGGAACGUGAGCACAUUCACUGUUGGUAUCCUUGAACUCUGAUAAAUCCUGAAAAAAAAAUUUAA